AUUUUUUUUUUUUUUUUUUUUUUUUUUUUUUUGCUUGCACCUGUUCCAAGACUAUGCUUCAAUCAGGUGAAAAAAACCCUGUAGAGCCAAGCGUUUGACUCCCAACUUGGGGCUUGAUGGCACGGUUAUUUGUAACAGGUCUGGAAAGUUGCGCUGCGCCAAGGAGCAUGGGCGCAAACUUUAGAAGCUUUUUAUAAUCGAGAGACAGUUUUUAGAAUGAAGGCAGGUGAGUCACCCCUCGCGUGAGAGGCGCGCAGAGCUCCGCGGCUCACCGGGUACUGGAAAGAAAAGGCGACACGGAAGAAGUCGUGAUCUGUGGUUUGGAUUGCGAUACGGAGAACGGAGGAAACGGACCGAUGAGACAACAUGGGUCCAUUGCUGUCUGAUAGACGAGUGACACACCUCCUCUUUCCUCUCCUCCUCCUCUUGCGGGCUCCUCUACUGUUCAGCUUUGGUGAGCGCACCUGCCCCAAUAGCUGUCGAUGUGAGGGGAAAACUGUCCAUUGUGAUUCAUCUGGCUUCUUAGAUGUUCCAGAAAACAUUUCAGUAGGCUGCCAGGGCCUCUCUCUGCGCUACAAUGAACUGCACACCCUGCUACCGUAUCAAUUUGCUCACCUCAGUCAGCUUCUCUGGAUUUACUUGGACCACAAUCAGAUUUCAGCUGUUGACAGUCGAGCAUUCCAGGGAGUCCGUAGGCUUAAAGAGCUAAUACUGAGCUCCAACAAGAUAACAUCCCUGCACAAUUCAACAUUCCAUGGAAUUCCCAAUCUCCGCAGUCUGGACUUGUCAUACAACAAAUUGGAAAUCCUGCAACCAGGUCAAUUCCAUGGCCUACGAAAGCUGCAAAACCUACACCUACGCUCAAAUGGUCUUUCCAACAUCCCGAUUCGAGCCUUCCUGGAAUGCCGAAGUUUGGAGUUUCUGGAUUUGGGCUACAAUCGAAUCAAGGCUCUUACACGCACCACCUUUUUGGGGCUACAGAAGCUGAUGGAGUUGCAUCUGGAGCACAACCAGUUCUCACGGAUAAACUUUUUUCUGUUUCCACGCUUAGCCAACCUGAGAUCACUCUAUCUGCAGUGGAAUCGCAUUAGGGUGGUCAACCAGGGGCUUCCGUGGACUUGGUAUACACUGCAGAAACUUGAUCUGUCUGGAAAUGAGAUCCAGACCCUGGACCCAGCUGUGUUUCAUUGCUUGCCCAACCUUCAAGUUCUCAACCUGGAAUCCAACAAACUGUCCAAUGUGUCUCAGGAGGCGGUGUCAGCAUGGAUCUCACUGACCUCCAUCAGCCUUGCUGGGAACAUGUGGGAUUGUGGGACUGGCAUAUGUCCACUUGUGGCAUGGUUGAGGAAUUUUCGGGGCAGUAAAGACACCACCAUGAUUUGCAGCAGCCCAAAGUAUCUCCAGGGAGAAAAAAUUAUGGAAGCCACAAGGAACCAUGGUAUUUGUGAGGAAACUGAUUAUGUUCUGACUGAAACACCCUCACCAAUGUCAGACAUAAUUUCUGAAGCCACCACUGAACCAACCUUUGCCCCUACUAGCGGCUCUCCACCUAUGCCACCAGCCAGCACCUUUGGUCCACUCCCACCAUUCAGACCUCGACCUAUUCCUCAUCCUACCUUCCCAGGGCAUAUGAGCAAAGACCCAAGAGACUCAGUUGCUCGCACUCGACCAACCUACAUACCACCCCCGGAGCUGGAACACAUGACUCUGCACAAAGUGGUGGUGGGCAGCGUGGCCAUCUUCUUCACCAUGUCCCUAAUCUUGACAAUUAUUUAUGUGUUGUGGCGACGCUACCCAGGUGCAACCAGGUUGCUACAGCAGCGAUCCAUGGUAGGACGGAAGCGUCGCAAAAAGAGCCCAGAGCCAGAGCAGAACCUGAGCUCCCAGCUUCAAGAGUAUUACAUGAGCUACAACCCUGCUGCCACACCAGAAGCAUUGGAGGUGCUAGGCAAUGGCACUGGUUCCUGCACUUGCACAAUUUCUGGCUCCAGGGAGUGUGAGAAUGAGUACACAUGCCCACGCCCCCUACCUGGUGCCUGGCUGGGAGAUGUGUCUACCAUCCAUUAACCCAGAAAGGAACUGCUUUGGAUGGUGCAGCAAACCACCAUCAAACAGGGAUACAAGAGAGAAGGACAUAUGCAGAGAACCCAUCAGGAUCCUACACCCAUAAUUCACAUUCAAGGAUACAUUUAAAAUGGUCCUCCAUGCUAACAAGGGCACUCACGGAUGAAGAUAAAGAUGAGAUAAUACUGUCUUUUUCUUUUUCUUAAGAUUUUAUAAUGUCUUCUAAUUUUUGGCCUGUGCUCUUUGGUCAUCAGCUUUGCUGUAUUCCGUCUUGCUUCAUCACUACACAAGUACUGACACAGAUGGUUGCGGAAAUGUUGUCCCACGGUGAAUAGCAGAACCACAGAAGAAGACUCAUGAGCACUAAUGGAUGGUUAUAACCAGCAUGGGAGAUUACUGUAUAGACUAUAACAGCUUAUUGUCUCCAUGAGGGCACCGGGGCAUUGUUUUAAACACAGGCAAAAGACUCUGCAAAUUCAAGAGGCUUUAAAAUUGUUAAGCUGAGCAAUGAAUCAUUAAUGAAAAUGCACUGAACAAGGAGCUCUGACCGCUCUGCUAACAAAGCUGUGUAUAAUUUAAAGUGGGUUUGCAUAUUUUGAUUCCAUAUGAAGCAUCAUGUCAUCAUCUUUCAAGACUUCUUUCAAAAUCUUUUUAAAGAAAGACUAAUCAAAGGCUAGGAUGGUGUAAAUGUGCCUCAUUGGAGCAGAAAGAUUACGAAAGCAUUCACUGAGUUUCUGUGCACCUGUCAGUAAGGAAGGAUCUGCUCCAUCAGGUGGAAAUCAAGUCAGCAGCUGGAAGAUAUUACAAAUGUGUGAAAAGUUGCCAGAUCCAAGCAAACUAUCCCCUAGCCAAUGACUUUCGGUGACGGUUUUUUUUUUGUUUGUUUGCUUUUUUAAAAAGUUUUUCUAAGUUGUUUCUAAUUGCAAUCAAACCUCACUAUCUAGUUUGAUUUGGAGGACAGAAAGGGCAAUCAGAAGCAAAAGAGGAAAAAAGAAAAAGCUCCUAUCAACGGUAAAAUGUAAUUUUCUGAUAUAAUGUUGUUAAUGUUGUACUUUAUGAGUAUGUGUUUCUGCCAUUUUCAGCACCAAAUACCAAAGAGCCAAAUUGAUCCUUUUUUUUUGGCUUUUGGCUCUCCCAACCAUGGGUUGUAACAGAUCCAGGAUUUGCUCUCUUAAAAAAAAAAAAAUUCCACGGAAAAUCAAAAGAAGCCUCAACUUCUAACAUGUCCAGCAGUGCUCCGUUACAGCUUUUUUCAUGUGUGUUGUGUACGUCUUUGUGAACAAAUGAUCUUGCAAUGACAGUCUUCAUUAGGAGGAUCUUGUCUGAAAGAUAACUUUGAGCACUGUUUAUUUUUAUGACUUCUGUUUAAUACAUGCUUCACUUUCCUUAAAAUAAUCAGCCCACCUCUCUCCCCUUGGAGACUGCAGAUGUUGCUGUUCACAGUUGUGCGUGUGCUUGUGUUUCAUCCAUUCUGAGUUCUCAAUUAUAUUUGAGGCACAUUGAGUUGUGAAUUGUUUGUUUCAACCUUUAAACAUAACUCUUUCUACACUGGAAAAUGGUAAUUUUCUAUUGUAAAUUUCUGCUUUCCCCCUUGAAUUUGUUGAUAUUUAGUAAGCAGCUGUAUUCUUUGUUCACUUUCAACAGUAUGUUUUAUAAUGGAAAUAAUGACUUUAUU